AUGGCUAUACUUAGGAUAGAAGAAGACGACACCGUUCCCACGAGGCUAUUGCAGCAGCUGUCACAGACGGCAUAUGCUUGCUCUUCGCUGUCACCACCUCUAAGUAGCAGGGAUGGUAAUGCUGUUUACCGUGGCGCCCUUACUAAACCUAUCCAAGAUGGAACCACGGUUGAGAGCAUCAUAAUCAAAUACACUACGGAUAGCGUGCCCAGGAUCUUUGAGGAGCUUUUGCUCAAGACCCUCGCUAGUUUCUCACCACCUCACACCAUCAACACAGUUGCCGUGAAGACUCCGUACUAUUUGCUCACUGAGAACUUUCUUCCUUCGCCCAGCGCAGCUAGCAUCGGCCAUCGCCUAGGGUUUUGGCUUCGAUCCUUUCAUAACUGGACUUCGGCACCAGAGCAAGCUGCUCUCCGCGCGCAUAUGGGGCAGAAUGACCAUGUGCGGAAGACCAAGUAUCUUCUCACUUACGAAAGCAUCUCCAAAGUAUUUGAAAUCUACCCGGGGCUCUCUGAUGGCCACGAAAACACUUUGGAGGCCUUACGAGAUGUCAUAGCCAAUGAUCUCGAGAGGCCCUUUACAGACGAAACCGACGAUUAUGGUAUCCUACAUGGAGAUUUCUGGUCCGGAAAAUGGGAGCUCCUACAAGAAGUUAAGACUACUGAGAUAUUCAUCAUCGACUGGGAAUUUGCUCAGUUUGGGCACCGAUCCACUGAUCUCGGCCAAAUCGUAGGUGACCUCUACGAAAGAAAGGUUUACAACAACCUCGAAAAUGCCAUGUCGGCUAUGGAAGGAGUCAUUGAAGGUUACGGCGUGAUGAGUGACGAGAUGGCGUUUCGGACUGCUAUUUAUUUGGGUGUCCAUUUAAUCAGCUACUAUAACAGACGGCCACAGAAGGGACCGAGGGUGGCCUCUCCGGAGGUGAUCUUGGCUGGGUUGACUGUCGGAAGAGACUUUAUCGUAAAGGGAUUGCAGAAGGAUGGUGCUUUUUUCCAGGACAGUGCUCUAGCGUCUCUUUUUGCUGCAAGAUAG